AUGUGCCUGGCGGCGGGGCGCGGGGGGCUGGCCGGCCGCGGGCGCCUCCCGGCGCGGCUGCUGGGGCCGCCGCUGCUGCUGCUGCUGCUGCUGCUGGCGCGGCCCGGCGCCCGCGCGCUCGUCUGCCUGCCCUGCGACGACUCCAAGUGCGAGGAGCCGCGCAGCUGCCCGGGCAGCAUCGUGCAGGGCGUGUGCGGCUGCUGCUACAUGUGCGCCCGCCAGCGCAACGAGAGCUGCGGCGGCGCCUUCGGGCUGCACGGCGCCUGCGACCGCGGGCUGCGCUGUGUCAUCCGCCCGCCGCUGCACGGCGACUCCAUCACCGAGUACGAAGUGGGCGUCUGCGAAGAUGAGAACUGGGACGAUGACCAACUGCUGGGUUUUGAGCCGUGUAAAGAAAACCUUGUCUCCGGCUGCAAUAUCAUCAACGGGAAAUGCGAAUGUGUCACCGUUCGGAACUGCAACAACCCCUUCGAGUUCCCGAGGAAGGACCUGUGUCUUUCAGCCUUAAAGAGGAUUCAGGAAGAGAAGCCGGACUGCUCCAAGGCCCGCUGCGAAGUGCAGUUCUCCCCGCGCUGCCCGGAGGACUCCGUCCUGAUCGAGGGCUACGCUCCGCCCGGGAAGUGCUGCCCCUUACCCAGCCGCUGCGUGUGCGACCCCGCGGGCUGCCUGCGCAAAGUGUGCCAGCCGGGCUACCUGAACAUCCUGGUGUCCAAGGCCUCGGGCAAGCCGGGAGAGUGCUGCGACCUCUACGAGUGCAAGCCAGUGUUCAGCGUGGACUGCAGCACUGUGGAGUGCCCCUCCGUUCAGCAGGCCGUGUGCCCCCUGGAUAGCUACGAAACUCAAGUCAGACUCACGGCGGACGGUUGCUGCACGCUGCCCACAAGAUGCGAGUGUCUCUCUGGCUUAUGUGGUUUCCCCGUGUGUGAGGCAGGAUCCGUUCCCCGCAUAGUCUCCCGUGGCGAUGGGACUCCUGGAAAGUGCUGUGAUGUCUUUGAAUGUGUUAAUGAGACGAAGCCGGCCUGCGUCUUCAACAACGUGGAGUACAGCGACGGGGACAUGUUCCGCCUGGACAAGUGCCGCUUCUGCCGGUGCCAGGGCGGCGUGGCCAUCUGCUUCACCGCCCAGUGCGGGGCGCUGAGCUGCGAGCGGUACUACGUGCCCGAGGGGGAGUGCUGCCCGGUGUGCGAAGAUCCGGUGUAUCCCUUUAACAACCCCGCCGGCUGCUAUGCCAACGGCCAGAUCCUGGCGCACGGAGACCGGUGGCGGGAGGACGACUGCACCUUCUGCCAGUGCAUCAGCGGGGAGCCCCGCUGCGUGGCCACGGCGUGCGGGCAGAGCUGCAUGAGCCCCGUCAAGGUGCCGGGGGAGUGCUGCCCCGUGUGCGAAGAACCAACCUACAUCACCAUCGAUCCACCAGCGUGCGGGGAGCUGUCCAACUGCACCCUGACCGACAAGGACUGCGUGUACGGCUUCAAACUGGACCAGAACGGCUGCCGAGCGUGUCAGUGCAAAAGCAGGCAGGAGCUGUGCUGGGGCCUGCUGCGCGGCUGCACGCUGGACUGCCCCUUCGGCCUCCUGACGGACGCCCACGGCUGCGAGAUCUGCCGCUGCCGCCCCCGGCCCAGGAAGUGCCGGCCCACCUCCUGCGACCGGAGCUGCCCGUUCGGAUACCUGAAGAAUAAGCACGGCUGUGACAUCUGCCGCUGCAGGAAGUGCCCGGAGCUCCCGUGCAACCACACCUGCCUCUCAGGGUUCCAGAACGACAGCCGCGGCUGCCUCACCUGCAGGUGCCGAGAGGGCCCCGCGUCACCCACCGCCCCGGCCCUGUCCGGCACGUGCCUGUCCAUGGACGGCCAUCACCACAAGAACGAGGAGAGCUGGCACGACGGGUGCCGGGAGUGCUACUGCCACCACGGCCGGGAGAUGUGCGCACUCAUCACCUGCCCGGUGCCCGCCUGCGGCAGCCCCACCAUCCACCCGGGGCAGUGCUGCCCGUCCUGCUCCGAUGACCUGGUGGAGCAGAAGCCUGAGCUCAGCGCCCCCUCCAUCUGCCACGCCCCCGGCGGAGAGUACUUUGUGGAAGGAGAGACGUGGAACAUAGACUCCUGCACGCAGUGCACCUGCCACAGCGGGCGGGUCAUGUGCGAGACGGAGGUGUGCCCGCCGCUGCUCUGCCAGAACCCCUCCCGCACCCAGGACUCCUGCUGCCCGCAGUGUACAGACGCGCCCCUGCAGCCCUCGCCGUCCCGCAACGACAGCGAGCCCAGCUACUGCCGGAACGAGGAGGGCGCCAUGUUCCUGGCCGCUGAGUCCUGGAAGCCGGACGUGUGCACCAGCUGCGUCUGCAUGAACAGCCUCAUCAGCUGCUUCUCCGAGUCCUGCCCGGCCGUGUCCUGCGAGCGGCCCGUUCUGCGGAAGGGCCAGUGCUGUCCCUACUGCAUCGAGGACAGCAUCGCGAAGAGGGUGGUGUGCCACUUCGGCGGCAAGGCCUACGCCGACGAGGAGCGCUGGGACCUAGACAGCUGCACGCACUGCUACUGCCUGCAGGGCCAGACCCUCUGCUCCACCGUCAGCUGCCCACCGCUGCCCUGCGUGGAGCCCAUCAACGUGGAAGGGAGCUGCUGCCCGAUAUGCCCAGAAAUGUACGUCCCGGAACCAACCAACGUGCCCAUUGAGAAGGUCAAUCGUCGCGGCCAGACCGACGUGCAGGUCCCCAGGAGGCCCACACCCAGUGAGAACGACAUCGUCCAUCUCCGCAGGGACGUGGGUCACCUCAAGGUCGAUUACGGCGAUAACAACAGGCGGCACCCGGCGGCGGAGGAGUCCUCGCUGGACAGCAUCGCCGCGGUCGUGGUUCCCGUGGUGAUCGGUCUCUCCAUCAUCAUCGCGUUCCUGCUCAUCAACCAGAAGAAACAGUGGGUCCCCCUGCUGUGCUGGUACCGGACGCCAACUAAGCCCUCUUCCCUAAGCAACCAGCUGGUGUCUGUGGACUGCAAGAAAGGAGCCCGCGCCCCGGGGGACGGCGCCCAGAGGAUGCUCAGGAUCGCCGAGCCGGACGCCCGGUUCAGCGGCUUCUACAGCAUGCAGAAGCAGAGCCACCUCCAGGCGGACAAGUUCUACCAGACGGUGUGA